AUAGGGGAGAUAAUUAAUUAAAGGCCUAAUUAUUUAUUAAACAUGAUAGAUAACCUAUUUUGCAAAAUUUUCUGUAGAUGGCAAACAACAACAACCCUUUCAACCUGCGAUAUGUUCUAGAAAAGGAAAAAUUAUCUGGAACUAACUUUCUUGAUUGGGAGAUGAAUCUUAAGAUUGUUCUAGAAUGCGAGAAAAAGUUUUAACAUCCUAACAUGAUUAUCUUGCCCAGAAUCACGUACUAAAACUUAUAGUGAGUAAGAAAUUUAUACCUUUCUCCGUAAGCGGUAAAAACGAAGAAGUCGUAGGAAGAGCGUUGAAAGUGCAAACGUAACCGUUCAAGCGUCCGGUCUCCAACUUUGACACACGAACAACGCCGGAGUCUACCACAAUCUUUAUGCUAGUAAAGAUUAUAGUAGUAUAAAAUAUAAAGAUUAAAAUUGGGAUAAUAAUAAUCUUGUAUAUUUCUUAUAGAAAAUAUUUCUAAUAAUAUUUAGAAAAUAUUAUAGAUAUUUUCUACACACAAAUACUAUAAGCAAUAAGCAGUAUCUAGCAACACAUUACUGCCCCUAGAUUAUAAGUUAAGACGUUUGCACUGUCAAAACCUUUCCACGACUCAGACUCCGUGUAACUAAAUUGAAAAACAUUUGAAAGAAAUAAGAAAAAGAAAGAAAAUGGAAGUCCCACGGAACAAUGUUCUUGAAACUGUACAGGAAAUUCCGAGAAGACAAAAUGAUGUUCCGAAUAGGAGGACUCUUUCUGACUAUGUCACUCCUCCUGUGGCGGAACAUAACAUCAUUAUUCCACCGGAUGUCACAGCAAACAACUUUGAAAUCAAACCUGCUGUCAUCCACAUGGUCUCAUCUAAUGAGUUUGGUGGAGGACCAACGGAGGACCCACACAACCAUAUCACCAAAUUCCUCCGAGCAUGCAACAUGAUCAAGAUCCAUGGUGUGCCAACUGAUGCAAUCAGACUCCGUCUGUUCCUGUUCUCUCUAAGGGACAGAGCUCAAAGCUUGCUGGAUUCAUUUCCAGAUAAUCACUUCACAACUUGGGACCAGCUUCAUGGAGAAUUUCUCAAGCGAUUCUUUCCGCCUUCCAAAACAGCAAAAAUCAGGUGGAUGAUACAAAAUUUCAAGCAAAAUCCAAACGAGCCCCUUUACGAGGCUUGGGAGAGAUUCAAAGAUCUUCAAAGGCAAUGCCCACAUCAUAAUAUCCAAAGUAGGCACCUAAUGACGGCUUUCUAUGAAGGCCUAAAUGAAAACUCACGGAUAUUGUUGGAAACCUCGGCGAGCGGAUCAUUCAUGAGCCUUGAACUUGACGAAGCUGAAGAACUCAUUGAGCGGAUCUCAACAAACGGAUCAACCUGGUACUCUGACCGUCCAUCCGCUCAACCGAAAAUUGGAGGCAUGUACAAAGUUGAUCAAAUGUCAGCCAUGGCUUCUAAGGUUGACAACAUGAUGAGCAUCAUCCAAAAGAUUGCUCAAGUCUCUGCUGUGCAAAACACUACGCCAGCACCGCCUCAUGUUCCUGUUCUCAUGUGUGUAUCAUAUGGUGGACAACAUGAUCAAUCUUCGUGUCCAUGGGAUGCAAUGGAGCAAGUUGAUUAUGUCAACUAUAACCAACCGCAGCAACAACAAAACCCAUUUGGCAGAUUUAAUUCUCAAAACAGAAAUCAUCCUGGUUUCUCUUAGAGAAAUCCAAAUGGAGCUCCCAAUCCACAAGCUUAUCGGAGUCCACCACCCGGCUUUCAAAAUCAACAGCAACAACAAUU